AUGCCGGCCAUCCUGGUGGCCUCCAAAAUGAAGUCGGGACUGCCCAAACCCGUGCACAGCGCCGCGCCCAUCCUGCACGUGCCCCCAGCCCGGGCGGGCCCCCAGCCUUGCUAUCUCAAGUUGGGAAGCAAGGUGGAGGUGAGCAAGACCGCCUACCCUAGCCAGAUCCCCCUGAAAUCUCAGGGGCUGCAGGAACCGGCGGGGGAGGGGCUCCCUCUGCGGAUGAGCGGCUCGGUGGAAAACGGGUUCGAUACCCAGAUCUACACGGACUGGGCCAAUCACUAUCUAGCCAAAUCGGGCCACAAGCGUCUCAUUAAGGAUCUCCAGCAAGAUGUGACGGAUGGCGUCCUCCUGGCCCAGAUUAUCCAGGUUGUAGCAAAUGAGAAGAUCGAAGACAUCAAUGGCUGUCCAAAGAACAGAUCGCAAAUGAUUGAAAACAUAGAUGCCUGCUUGAAUUUCCUGGCAGCUAAGGGAAUAAACAUCCAGGGACUCUCUGCAGAAGAGAUCAGGAAUGGAAACCUCAAGGCCAUCCUAGGCCUCUUCUUCAGCCUCUCCCGGUAUAAGCAGCAGCAGCAGCAGCAGCCGCCGCCCCAGAAGCCACACCUCCCCUCGCCACUGCCGCCUGCCGGGUCUCAGGUGGCAGGGGCCCCCUCCCAGUGCCAGGCUGGCCCUCCUCAGCAACAGGUGCCAGCCACCCCCCAAGCCCCGUGCCAGCCUCACCAGCCGGCGCCACAUCAGCCGUCAAAAGCACAAGCCGAGAUGCAGUCCAGUGCAUCUUCCAAGGACUCAUCACAAAGCAAAAUCAUCCGCUUCACUCUGGGUCAGAAAAAGAUCUCUAGACUUCCAGGUCCUACCGCAAGGGUAUCCGCUGCAGGCAGCGAGGCCAAGACACGCGGAGGGUCAGCCACUGCUAACAACCGACGGAGCCAGAGCUUUAACAACUAUGACAAGUCUAAACCGGUCACUUCCCCACCCCCGCCACCAAGCAGCCACGAGAAAGAGCCUUUGGCGAGCCCGUCAUCCUCCCACCCCGCAAUGAGCGAAGAUGCACCCGCUGCUUUGGAGGGAGGCGGCGGCUGUGGCCCUGCUAGCUGCGGCGCUUCCUCGGCCAUCCCCCAGCCCGGCUCGGGCUCCAAGCCCUGGCGCAGCAAGUCGGUCAGCGUGAAGCACAGCGCGGCGGCCGCCGCGCUCUCCGCCAAGCCGCCCACGCCCGAGCCCCCCCGGCCCGCCCCUGAAGCCCUGAAGCCGGCCCCCAACAAUCAGAGGUCCAUGCUGGAGAAACUAAAACUUUUCAACAGCAAGGGGGCUUCCAAGGCGGGCGAGGGCCCGGGGUCUCGGGACACGAGCUGCGAGCGGCUGGAGAUCCUGCCCAGCUUCGAGGAGAGCGAAGAGAUGGAGGCGGGCGGCCGCCCGCUGUCCGUGGCCGGCCCCCCGUCCAACAGCCCCAAGAUCGCCCUCAAGGGCAUCGCCCAGAGGACUUUCAGCCGGGCGCUGACCAACAAGAAGAGCUCCCCGAAAGGCAGCGAGAAGGAAAAGGAGAAACAACAGCGCGAGAAGGAGAAGGAAAAAAGCAAGGACCUCACCAAGAGAGCCUCGGUGACGGAGAGGCCGGACCUCAAAGAGGGCCCAAGAGAAGACCCCAGUGGGGCCGCCGUGACCGAGAUGCCCAAAAAGUCCUCCAAGAUCGCCAGCUUCAUCCCCAAAGGGGGGAAGCUCAACAGUGCCAAGAAGGAGGCCCCGGCCCCUUCCCACAGCGGGAUACCAAAACCAGGGAUGAAGAGCGUGCCCGGGAAAUCCCCAAGUGCCCCCACGCCUUGCAAGGACGGGGAGCGGGCCCGGGGUGGGAAGCCGAGCUCGGGGCUCCCCCAGCAGAAGCCCCCGCUGGACGGCAGGCACUCCAGCUCCUCCUCCAGCCUGGCGUCCUCAGAAGGAAAAGGCCCCGGAGGGGCCGGCCUGAACCACAGCAUCAGCAGCCAGACGGUCAGUGCGUCCGUGGGGAGCACGCAGACCACAGGAAGCAAUACUGUCAGUGUUCAGCUACCUCAGCCCCAGCAGCAAUACAGCCACCCCAACACGGCCACCGUGGCGCCUUUCCUGUUCAGGUCCCAGACAGACACCGAAGGGAAUGUUACUGCCGAAUCCAGCUCAGGGGGUGUGACCGUGGAGCCCAGCCACUACACCAAGAGUGGACAGCCCGCCCUGGAGGAACUCACUGGGGAGGAUCCCGAGGCUCGGCGACUGCGGACAGUGAAGAACAUUGCUGAUCUGCGGCAGAAUUUGGAGGAGACCAUGUCCAGUUUACGGGGAACUCAGGUUACACACAGCACGUUGGAAACCACGUUUGACACCAACGUCACCACGGAGAUCAGCGGGCGCAGUAUCCUCAGCUUGACGGGCAGGCCCACUCCCCUGGCUUGGAGGCUCGGCCAGUCCAGCCCCCGGCUGCAGGCGGGAGACGCCCCCUCAAUGGGCAACGGGUACCCUCCCCGAGCCAACGCCAGCCGCUUCAUCAACACAGAGUCAGGCCGCUACGUGUACUCUGCCCCCCUGCGGAGGCAGCUGGCCUCCAGGGGCAGCAGCGUCUGCCACGUGGAUGUCUCAGACAAGGCGGGAGACGAGAUGGACCUGGAGGCCAUCAGCAUGGACGCGCCUGGCUACAUGAGCGACGGGGACGUGCUGAGCAAGAACAUGCGGGCGGAUGACAUCACCAGCGGGUACAUGACCGAUGGUGGACUUGGCCUCUACACCCGCCGCCUGAACCGGCUCCCUGAUGGGAUGGCUGUGGUGCGGGAGACUCUGCAAAGAAACACCUCCCUGGGCCUCGGAGACGCUGACAGCUGGGAUGACAGCAGCUCCGUCAGCAGCGGGAUCAGUGACACCAUAGACAACCUCAGCACGGAUGACAUCAACACCAGCUCCUCCAUCAGCUCCUAUGCCAACACGCCUGCCUCCUCGCGCAAGAACCUGGAUGUGCAGACUGACGCCGAGAAACACUCACAGGUGGAGAGGAGUUCCCUGUGGUCCAGCGAGGAUGUCAAGAAGUCAGACGGGGGCUCAGACAGCGGCAUAAAGAUGGAGCCAGGGUCGAAGUGGAGGCGGAAUCCAUCUGACGUGUCUGAUGAGUCCGACAAAAGCACGUCAGGCAAGAAGAACCCUGUCAUUUCACAGACAGGCUCCUGGCGGCGAGGUAUGACGGCUCAGGUCGGCAUCACCAUGCCAAGGACGAAGCCGACUGCCCCGGCAGGCACACUCAAGGCCCCCGGAACUGGAAAAACAGACGAUGCAAAAGUGUCCGAGAAAGGAAGGCUGUCACCCAAAGCUGCCCAGGUGAAGCGCUCCCCAUCAGAUGCUGGCCGCAGCAGUGGUGAUGAAUCCAAGAAGCCCCUCCCCAGCAGCUCCAGAACACCCACCGCCAACACCAACAGCUUUGGGUUCAAGAAGCAGAGUGGCUCUGCCGCUGGUCUGGCCAUGAUCACAGCCAGCGGGGCCACUGUCACCAGCAGGUCGGCCACACUGGGCAAAAUCCCAAAGUCAUCCGCGCUUGUUGGUCGGUCCACCGGUCGGAAGACAAGCAUGGAUGGGGCUCAGAAUCAGGACGAUGGGUAUCUGUCUCUCAGCUCCCGGACGAACUUACAGUACCGGAGUCUGCCAAGGCCCAGUAAGUCCACCAGCCGGAACGGGGCCGGGAACAGGUCUAGUACCAGCAGCAUAGAUUCCAACAUCAGCAGCAAGUCAGCAGGUCUGCCGGUGCCCAAGCUGAGGGAGCCUUCCAAAACAGCCCUGGGCAGCUCCCUGCCAGGUCUGGUCAACCAGACCGAUAAGGAGAAAGGCAUCUCUUCCGACAACGAGAGCGUGGCUUCCUGUAACUCGGUGAAGGUGAACCCGGCACCCCAGCCUGUGUCUGGCGCAGCUCAGGCCACUCUCCAGCCAGGGGCCAAGUACCCUGAUGUGGCCUCUCCCACGCUCCGCAGACUCUUUGGUGGGAAGCCUACCAAGCAAGUGCCCAUCGCCACAGCCGAAAACAUGAAAAACUCGGUGGUCAUCUCCAAUCCUCAUGCCACCCUGAGCCAGCAGGGUAACUUAGAGUCCCCUUCGGGCAGUGGCGUCCUGAGCAGCGGGAGCAGCAGCCCUCUCUACAGUAAGAACGUGGACAGCACCCAGUCCCCGCUGGCCUCCAGCCCCAGCUCUGCCCACUCGGGCCCCUCCAACAGCCUCACCUGGGGCACGAAUGCCAGCAGCUCCUCGGCUGUGAGCAAGGACGGCCUGGGCUUCCAGUCAGUCAGCAGCCUCCACACCAGCUGCGAGUCCAUUGACAUCUCCCUGGGCAGCGGAGGAGCACUGAGUCACAACUCCUCCACGGGCCUCAUCGCUGCCUCCAAGGACGACGCCCUCACCCCCUUUGUCAGAACCAACAGUGUGAAGACCACACUGUCGGAAAGCCCUCUCUCUUCCCCCGCCGCUAGCCCUAAGUUCUGCAGAAGUACUCUGCCCCGGAAACAGGACAGUGACCCGCACCUUGAUAGGAACACUUUGCCUAAAAAAGGACUCAGGUAUACCCCCACCUCCCAGCUCCGCACGCAAGAAGACGCAAAAGAAUGGUUACGGUCCCACUCUGCAGGAGGCCUGCAGGACACCGCCGCCAACUCUCCUUUCUCCUCUGGGUCCAGUGUAACUUCUCCUUCUGGAACAAGAUUCAACUUUUCUCAGCUGGCGAGUCCCACCACCGUCACCCAGAUGAGCUUGUCCAACCCGACCAUGCUGAGAACCCACAGCCUCUCCAAUGCCGACGGGCAGUAUGACCCGUACACCGACACCCGCUUCCGCAACAGCUCCAUGUCCCUGGACGAGAAGAGCAGAACCAUGAGCCGCUCAGGCUCAUUCCGGGAUGGGUUUGAGGAAGUUCAUGGAUCCUCACUCUCCUUGGUUUCCAGCACGUCAUCAAUUUAUUCUACACCAGAGGAAAAAUGCCAGUCAGAGAUUCGCAAACUACGGCGGGAACUGGAUGCCUCCCAAGAAAAAGUUUCUGCUUUGACCACCCAGCUGACAGCAAAUGCUCACCUCGUGGCAGCCUUUGAGCAGAGUCUUGGAAACAUGACCAUCAGGCUCCAGAGCUUGACCAUGACGGCUGAGCAGAAGGAUUCAGAACUGAAUGAGUUAAGAAAAACCAUUGAGUUGCUGAAGAAACAGAACGCAGCUGCCCAGGCUGCCAUUAAUGGAGUAAUUAACACCCCGGAGCUCAACUGCAAAGGGAACGGAACCUCCCAGGCCACAGACCUCCGCAUCCGCAGGCAGCACUCGUCCGACAGCGUCUCGAGCAUCAACAGUGCCACCAGCCACUCCAGCGUGGGCAGCAACAUAGAGACCGACUCAAAGAAGAAGAAGAGGAAGAACUGGGUGAGUUUACGCAGCUCCUUCAAGCAAGCCUUCGGGAAGAAGAAGUCCCCCAAGUCGGCGUCCUCCCAUUCAGACAUUGAGGAGAUGACGGAUUCUUCUCUGCCUUCCUCACCGAAGCUACCGCACAACGGAUCCACGGGCUCCACUCCCCUGCUGCGAAACUCUCACUCCAAUUCUCUCAUUUCGGAGUGCAUGGACAGCGAAGCCGAGACGGUCAUGCAGCUCCGAAACGAGCUGAGAGACAAGGAGAUGAAGCUGACCGACAUCCGCCUGGAAGCCCUCAGCUCUGCCCACCAGCUGGACCAGCUGCGGGAGGCCAUGAACAGGAUGCAGAGUGAAAUAGAGAAGCUGAAGGCUGAGAAUGACCGGCUGAAGUCAGAGUCUCAAGGCAGUGGCUGCAGCCGGGCGCCCUCCCAGGUGUCCCUGUCUGCCUCCCCCAGGCAGUCCCUGGGGCUCUCCCAGCACAGCCUGAACCUCGCCGAAUCCAGCAGCCUGGACAUGUUGCUGGAUGACGCUGGUGAAUGCUCGGCUCGGAAGGAAGGAGGCAGGCAUGUUAAGAUAGUUGUCAGCUUUCAGGAGGAAAUGAAGUGGAAGGAGGAUUCCAGACCACACCUCUUCCUCAUCGGCUGCAUUGGAGUUAGUGGCAAGACAAAGUGGGACGUGCUUGAUGGGGUGGUUAGACGGCUCUUCAAAGAAUACAUCAUUCACAUCGACCCGGUGAGUCAGCUGGGGCUGAAUUCAGACAGUGUCCUUGGAUACAGCAUCGGGGACGUCACGCGCAGCAACACCUCUGAGACCCCCGAGCUGCUUCCCUGCGGCUAUCUGGUGGGGGAGAACACGACCAUCUCCGUGGCGGUCAAAGGGCUCGCAGAAAACAGCCUGGACUCACUGGUGUUCGAGUCCCUGAUCCCCAAGCCCAUCCUGCAGCGCUACGUGUCCCUGCUGGUGGAGCACCGGCGGAUCAUUCUCUCGGGUCCCAGCGGCACCGGGAAAACCUACCUGGCCAACCGGCUGUCAGAGUACCUGGUGCUCCGGGAGGGGCGGGAGCUGACCGACGGGGUCAUCGCCACCUUCAACGUGGACCAUAAGUCCAGCAAGGAACUGCGCCAGUACCUGUCCAACCUCGCUGACCAGUGCACCAGCGAGAACAAUGCCGUGGACAUGCCUCUCGUCAUCAUCCUGGACAAUCUGCAUCACGUCAGCUCCCUGGGCGAGGUCUUCAACGGGCUGCUCAACUGCAAGGACCACAGAUGCCCUUACAUAAUUGGCACGAUGAACCAGGCUACCUCUUCUACUCCCAACCUGCAGCUUCAUCACAACUUCAGGUGGGUGCUUUGCGCCAACCACACGGAGCCCGUGAAGGGUUUCCUGGGUCGCUUCCUGCGGCGGAAGCUCAUGGAGACGGAGAUCAGUGGGCGGAUGCGGAACAUGGAGCUGGUGAAAAUCAUCGACUGGAUUCCCAAGGUCUGGCAUCACCUGAACCGCUUCCUGGAGGCUCACAGCUCCUCGGACGUCACCAUAGGCCCCCGGCUCUUCCUGUCGUGUCCCAUCGACGUGGAUGGUUCCAGGGUGUGGUUCACCGACCUGUGGAACUACUCAAUCAUCCCCUACCUCCUGGAAGCCGUCAGAGAAGGACUCCAGCUAUAUGGAAGGCGGGCCCCCUGGGAGGAUCCCGCCAAGUGGGUGAUGGACACCUAUCCUUGGGCAGCCAGCCCACAGCAGCACGAGUGGCCCCCUCUCCUGCAGCUCCGGCCUGAGGAUGUUGGUUUCGACGGCUACUCCAUGCCUCGGGAGGGCUCAACCAGCAAGCAGAUGCCCCCCAGUGAUGCUGAAGGAGACCCGCUGAUGAACAUGCUCAUGAGGCUGCAGGAGGCUGCCAACUACUCCAGCCCCCAGAGCUACGACAGCGACUCCAACAGCACCAGCCACCGCGAUGACAUCCUGGACUCAUCCCUGGAGUCCACUCUGUGA